CUACUUCCGGCGCCGUGUGCGCCUGUGCUUCCCGGAAGCUGAGAAGGGCCAGCGAAUUCUCGCGAGAGGCGGGAAAAGGCGCAGGUUUGAAACAUGGCGGACGAUGUGGACCAGCAACAAACGACCAACACAGUAGAGGAACCCCUGGAUCUCAUCAGGCUCAGCCUGGAUGAGCGAAUUUACGUGAAAAUGAGAAAUGACAGAGAGCUCCGGGGCCGGUUGCAUGCUUAUGACCAGCAUCUAAAUAUGAUACUGGGCGAUGUGGAAGAGACUGUGACGACUAUAGAGAUCGAUGAAGAGACGUACGAAGAGAUCUACAAAUCAACAAAGCGGAAUAUUCCGAUGCUCUUUGUCCGAGGAGAUGGGGUCGUGCUGGUCGCCCCUCCUUUGAGAGUCGGCUGAAGCUGGGAAUCCCUCCUGUGUGGAACCGGGAGACGGCAGGCUGCCGCGUCCUCAGAUGGAGAAGACUCAGGAGAGGAGGCUUUGCAGAGGCUGCUCUACUCCUGAAGUCCUUUCACUCACAGAUGACGGCUGCUUCAACCAGCCUCUGCGUUGUUUGUUUGUUUGUUUUCUCCAGCCCUUCUAGCAGAUGUAGUCACCAAGAAAUGGAUGUUCUCGGGAGCUAAUUUGUUUUCUUUAAAUAAAAUGUUUCCUCUUAAUUUUUUUUUUUCUAAA